AUGGGUGUCCCAGUAGUUGAGGCUCCUUCAGAAGCAGAGGCACAAUGUGCUGCACUUUGCAAAGCUGGAAAGGUUUAUGCAGUUGCUUCUGAAGAUAUGGAUACCCUUACUUUUGGAGCUCCUAGAUUUCUUCGUCAUUUGAUGGAUCCCAGCUCAAGAAAAGUUCCAGUCAUCGAACUUGAAAUUUCCAAGAUCUUGGAGGAGAUGAAUCUGGAUAUGGAUCAAUUCAUUGACCUGUGCAUUCUCUCUGGAUGUGAUUAUUGUGAAAGCAUUCGAGGUAUUGGAGGGCUGACUGCUCUUAAGCUCAUCCGUCAACAUGGUUCCAUAGAAAACAUACUAGAGAACAUAAACAAGCAAAAAUGCUUCUUAUUUUCUUAUCUUGUCCCCCGACUUACUUUAUUCAUUUUGGCUAUCCAUCUUAAGGAAAUUUAUGCUUGUUUUUUGAAUAGGUAUCAGGUACCAGAUAACUGGCCCUAUAGAGAGGUUCGACCGCUUUUCAAGGAACCAAUAGUUUCCACUGAAGAAUUACUUGAGAUAAAAUGGACUGAUCUAAACGAGGAGGGAUUAAUUUCCUUUCUCGUGAAUGAGAAUGGGUUCAACAUUGACAGAGUGACAAAGGCAAUAGAGACGAUUAAGGCAGCUAAGGAUAAGUCAUCACAAGGCCGGUACUAAAGCUUGAACAAAUGAAAGUGACUUCCAAAAUGCUCUUUCUUUUAUCCAAUGAUUCCUUUCAUUUAUUUUCUACAGAUUAGAGUCCUUCUUUAAGCCAGCUAAGAAUCUGUCUGUACCUGCUAAGAGGAAGGUAUGUCAUUUUGAUAUCUUUGAGUACCAAGCACCUGGAAGUUCGUUCUUUUAAUGUAUUGGAAGGUGUAAUUUCACACAUUGCUCUAGCGAAGAGAUGCCUUCAGAUGCUAUUCUUGAUGGAUGAAUAGUAAUUGCCUUUAACUCACUUUGUGCUCCAUUGAUUGCCCUAGCGAUGUACAAUUGUUUAGAUCUUUGUGAUUAAUUUC